AUGAGUUUCCAAUUGGUCCAGCCAACACUUCCCUUGUCUUGCUGCCACAUGAAGACAUCCCAAGCCUACGCUCAGGUGUUGUCACUUUCCAGCCCAAUGAGGAAGACUUCUAUGUUCCAUCAAGUGAGAAACCAUCAUUCCCCAUGCUCACCUAUCGCACACUUCAGCAUGCAGUCAAGACUCAACGCCGCCAAAGAACGCCAUGUUCUCACUACUGGCAUGGCCGCGCAUCAAGCUCUAGACCGUGUUAACAAGCUGGAGAAGAUAGUGGAAUGCCAAUCUCGCUUCAUCUCACGCCUAGUUCGUGUAGUUCGCCACAUUGCACCGGAGAGACUCUUUCGCCCUUCUUCCACCGCUAGAGAGCCAUAUGAGCCUGACCUUGGUGAGUUCUCACUAGACUCAGAGCUUGGUUCAGAAGGCGAUGACCCCAUAGAUGAGGAAGAGAGUUCUUCUCACUGCCACACAUAG